GCGGUUGCUGAGUGGGGAACCGCGUACAGCUGCCUGCAGAAGGAAGCCUGGGGGCUGCAGCGAGGGCCCGCUCUCGCCUCCUACGAGCCCAGAGAGAGGGCAGGAGUGCCAGGGAGCCGCGAUGAUCCUCCAGCCGUGCUUCUGUCCCCGGGGUUCAGGAAGCUGCAAGUUCUUGACUGUCAGCCCCCGCCAGAGCACACCACACGUUCCUUAGAGUUCUGCGAAGAAUGAAAGUGGCCAGCAGCUGAGACACUGGGACUGUCCUCGCAAAGCCCCGGAACUCCUACACGCUUUGAGGGAAAAUGUGGGCGAGGAAUCUUAUGGCAAGGGCCUUAUAUGACAAUGUCCCAGAGUGUGCUGAAGAACUGGCCUUUCGCAAAGGGGACAUCCUGACUGUCAUCGAGCAGAACACUGGUGGCCUGGAAGGGUGGUGGCUGUGCUCCUUACACGGACGGCAAGGCAUUGUGCCCGGCAACAGGGUGAAGCUCCUCAUUGGCCCUGUGCAAGAGGUCCCCUCCAGUCAUGACCAGCCUGCUGCUGCGCUGAUGCACCAGAGCUUUGGCCAGCAGAACCGCUAUCAAAUGCCCAACCCACAGGCGGCUCCUCGUGACACCAUCUACCAAGUACCACCUUCCUACCAGAGCCAGGGGAUUUACCAGGUUCCCUCGGGCCAUGCGAGCCAAGAGCAAGAUGUCUAUCAAGUGCCACCGUCAAUGCAGAGAAGCAUCGCGGGGGCCAACGGGCCACACCUAGGUCAAAAGGUGGUAACCCCGGUGAGGACUGGCCAGGGCUACGUGUACCAGUACCCACCCCGAUACCAAAAGGACGUCUAUGACAUCCCUCCUUCGCACAGCACUCAAGGGGUCUAUGACAUCCCACCCUCAGCCGUGAAAGGCCCCGUGUUCUCAGUUCCAAUGGGAGACAUGAAACCUCAAGGGGUGUAUGACAUCCCUCCUGCUGCGGGGGUCUAUGCCGUUCCACCCUCUGCCUGCCAAGAGGAGGCUGGGUUCAAGGACAAAGAGUAUGACUUCCCACCUCCUAUGAGACAGGCUGGACGGCCAGAGACCAGGCCUGAAGGUGUUUAUGACAUCCCGCCGACAGGUGCCAAGCCAGCGGGCAAGGACCUCCACAUGAAGUAUAGCUCUGAUGUUCCCGGGGCUGCGGAGCCCGCAGUGCACAGGCACCACCCACAGCUAGGAACCCCAGUCCCUCAGAAUGACGCCUACGAUGUCCCCCGAGGGGUUCAGUUCCUUGAGCCCCCAGCAGAAACUGUCGAGAAAGCAAAUCCUGAAGAGAGAGAGGGUGUGUAUGAUGUCCCACUGCACAAUGCCCUGGAUGCCAAAGGCUCUCGGGACCUGGUGGAUGGCAUCAACCGACUGUCUUUCUCCAGCACAGGCAGCACCAGGAGUAACAUGUCCACAUCUUCCACCUCCUCAAAGGAGUCCUCAUUGUCUGCCUCCCCUGCUCAAGAUGAAAGGCUCUUCCUGGAUCCGGACACAGCAAUUGACAGGCUUCACCGGCUUCAGCAGGUCCUGGAGGCAGGCGUGGCUGGCCUGAUGGCACUGGUGACCACGGACUGGAGGUGCUACAGCUACAUGGAGAGGCACAUCAAUGAGAUCCGUGCGGCAGUGGACAGGGUGGGGCUGUUCCUCAAGGAGUACCUCCAUUUUGCCAAGGGAGCUGCGGCCAACGCCUCCUGCCUCCCGGAACUCAUCCUCCAUAACAAAAUGAAGCGGGAGCUCCAAAGAGUAGAAGACUCCCACCAGAUCCUAAGCCAAACCAGCCAGGACUUAAACCAGUGCAGCUGGUCCCUGAACAUCCUGGCCAUCAACAAGCCCCAAAACAAGUGUGAUGACCUGGACCGGUUUGUGAUGGUGGCCAAGACGGUGCCUGAUGACACGAAGCAGCUCACCACGACCAUCCAUGCCAACGCAGAGGUGCUCUUCAGACUGGGCCCCAGCAGCUCACAGCUGAAGAAUGGGCCUGAGGGCAUCACAAACUCAACUGAGUAUCCUCGCGGUGGCACCCACCUGCAGUCGCUGCCAUCUGGUGAGCCCAAGGCCCAGACCCACAGUAAACCGCUGCCCCCCAGCAUGGGCAAUGACCAGGGCCCCGACUGCAGCAGCAGUGACGGCUCCGAGAGGAGCUGGAUGGACGACUAUGAUUACGUCCACCUGCAGGGAAAGGAGGAGUUUGAGAGGCAACAGAAGGAGCUCCUGGAGAAAGAGAACAUCAUCAAACAGAACAAGAUGCAGUUGGAACACCAUCAGCUGAGUCAGUUCCAGCUGCUGGAAGAGGAAAUUACAAAACCCGUGGAGAACGACAUCUCCAAGUGGAAGUGCUCUCAGAGUCUGCCAGCCACAAACAGCGGUGUGGGCGCGCAGGACAGGCAGCUGCUUUGCUUCUACUACGACCAAUGUGAGACCCAUUUCAUUUCCCUUCUCAACGCCAUUGAUGCGCUCUUCAGCUGCGUCAGCUCGGCCCAGCCCCCGAGGAUCUUCGUGGCGCACAGCAAGUUUGUCAUCCUCAGCGCACACAAACUGGUGUUCAUCGGGGACACGCUGACGAGGCAGGUGGCUGCCCAGGACAUUCGUAACAGAGUGAUGAACGCCAGUAACCAGCUCUGUGAACAGCUCAAGACGAUAGUCAUGGCGACCAAGAUGGCCGCCCUGCACUACCCUAGCACCACGGCCCUGCAGGAGAUGGUCCACCAGGUCACAGACCUAUCGAGAAACGCUCAACUAUUCAAGCGCUCUCUGCUGGAGAUGGCGACCUUCUGAGAAGAAAACGGGGACGUAGGGACGGAGGGAAGGGUGGCUAAGGAAAACUGGAAAUGCUGUCUGGUUUUUUGGUUUUUUUUUUUUUUGUAAAUGUUAUCUAUUUUUGUAGAUAUUUUAUAUGAAAAUGAAAUAUUUUAACGUUUCAAGGGUUAGACAACCUUUUAGAAUUUCAGGGAGCUGGAGAAGAAAAUCUCGUGUUCUUGUUUUCCCCUGUGUGGUUCUUGGGUGUCUAUGGAAGUGUGCCGGACGGAAGCUGUACAGAAACCUGUCCCCGUGCCUGUGUAAGCAUGUACAUACAUGUCUGUAGAUGUAUAUCUGAUACAUUCCAUUUUUCCAAAAAAAUGAAUUCAGAAGCACCUUUGUAAGCACCUCCUAAUGCUGCACUUUGCAUUUUUUUUGAUUGAAAACGUAUACUGGCUGGUUAGAAUACUGCUGUCUGCACACUUGGCAUCGCCUGGGCAUGGCACUCACACCUCUGGGAAGCACGGUAUGGUUUGCUUAACACAGAAUGAGGCUUCUGUAGCUUACCCUUUCUUCCCUUUCCCCACACAGACGGCCCUGAACACAAUAUCACACACACACACGCCCAAAGAAACAUGAAACCAAAGCCCUCUUGGAGCACUGAUUCAGAAAGGAUGUGUUAGUCCAAACUCCAAUCUUUCAGGGGCUGCAGAGAGGAAUUCCUGCACCGUCCCUCGGAGGCCCUGACUGCAUUUGGGGCUGGGUUGUUGUGACACAGAAAGGAACAGUGACAAAGGAACACUCGUGGCCCUGCGGCUAUUUGAUCUUGUGAGUUAUUCAGCCAUAAGGUUUUCCAAAGGAGGUUUUUAAGAGUCGUAAAAAAACUGUGUUAUUUGCUGCAGCAUUUCAUAAAGACACAUCAGCCCACAAAAAGAGGGCAGGGGAGGUGUUGGGUGGGAGCUUGGUUCCAUCUGCCAGUUAGAAGUAAAGGCCUUCCUGACAGUUAACCCUUGGUGCAGGUGCUGUAAUCCCCACUGUCUGAAGGAAACAGCCCAAUCUGGGCUCCCUGAACUUCAGCACAACCAACCCAUACUCUUCUCUCAUCACUUGAUCCUGCACCCUCCUACAAUGUCAUCCAUUCAGGGUGGAGUGUCGGGUGCAAUGGGGCAGUGGGGAGGACUCUGCUUCGGAUGCUCACAUCCUGUGUCAAAGUGCCACUUCCAGCUCCAGCUUCCUGAAUGCACACCCAAAGAAGCAGCAGCCGAUGGCUCUAAUAAUUGGGUCCCUGCCAUCCACUUGGAAGACCCUGAUUGGUCCCAGCACCAGUUGUUGGGAGCGACUGGGGAGUAAACCACUGGUAGAUGGAAGACUUCUCUUUGUUCAUGACUUUCAAAUAAAUAAAAAAUUAAAAUUUUGAAGUCACAUAUGCAGAUCUGACACUCGGAAACUGUACAGGGUCCUUGUGUCCUUUAUAAUCUUGUGUGUGAGUCCCAGUACCACCUCACAUCUCAUCAGAUCACCCCCUCAUGUGCCACUUUACACCUGCUGGUACUGCACAGCUGCCUCAAAGCUACCAGAUUGAUCAUGAACAAACUAGUUCCCAACCCAUGGGUCAAUGGACUCAUGAUCAAGAAGCAUAUUAGCUAUCAUCGUCCAGCCUAAUUCUUAUUUAACUCUUAUUAUGCCAGACUAUUUGGAAACAUGUUUGUAUUUCUAGUAUGCUCCUUGACUGACUUAACUUUGUUCAUUCUAGACAAACAAAUCAUGAAAAAGGAAAAAAAAAGAAGCAUGCAUGGUCUCAAUAUUAUUUUUUUAAAUGAAAAUUGUCCCAGAAGGUGUUUUUCAAAACCACUGCUCUUGUAAUUCUCAAGGUUCUCCUCUUUGAAAAGAAUAUAAGAAGUUCCGUGGUGCCGUGGCCAGCGAGUGUGUGCACAGCUCAAGAGUGGCUGAAAAUCAACACUUGAUCUUAAAACGUGUGUCCUUGGAGAUGUCUUUGUUGCUAUGUGCAUUUCUUAGGCAAUGACAGACUUGCUCAAAACAACGUGGUGACAGUCGACAUUUUAAAAACCAAAACAUCCAAUCUGUAUUUCUCUCUGCCGUUUUGUAUCUUGAACCCAUUUGUAAGUCAUUAAAUUUUAGAUGUUUGUUUUCAUA